GCAAAGCAAAUAUUCUAAUUUCUCUCUUUUUUUCCAAAAUCUUCUCACAUUUUCUAUUAGAUAAUCCUUUGUAUCUAAUUUCUCUUCAUGGCUCCUGAUCUCACCACCGCCCCCAAGACUACAACCUUUCUGGUUGAGCAAGCUAGUAUAUCUAGCUGUGCUUAUGUAACAUUCUUGGCUGGCAAUGAAGACUAUGUAAAAGGCGUUGUCGGCUUAGCCAAGGGCUUGAGGAAGGUUAAGAGCAAGUACCCACUAGUGGUGGCUAUGUUGCCUGAUGUCCCAGAGGAACACCGCCAGAUUCUGGUCUCCCAGGGCUGCCUGGUCAAGGAGAUUGCACCUGUGUACCCACCUGAGAACCAGACCAAGUUUGCCAUGGCUCAUUAUGUCAUUAACUACUCCAAGCUUCGUCUAUGGAAGUUGGUGGAGUAUAGCAAGAUGAUAUAUUUGGAUAGUGACAUCCAAUUAUUUGAUAAUAUAGAUCAUCUCUUUGACUUGCAAGGUGGAUACCUAUAUGCUGUGAUGGAUUGUUUCUGCGAGCUAUGGAGAUUCUCUCCUCUCCACAAGAUUGGCUACUGUCAGCACUGCCCUGAUAGGGUUCAGUGGCCGGCUGAGAUGGGCCCUAAGCCUCCCCUUUACUUCAACGCCGGCAUGUUUGUUUUCGAGCCCAGUCUGUCCACCUACAACGACCUCUUGAAGACCGUAGAAGUUACCACACCUACCCGCUUCGCUGAGCAGGAUUUCUUGAACAUGUUCUUCAAGGACUUUUACAGGCCGCUGCCUCCAAUUUACAACCUUAUCUUGUCUUUGCUCUGGCGUCAUCCUGAGAACAUUGAACUUGACAAGGCCAAGGUUGUCCAUUACUGUGCUGCUGGUUCGAAGCCAUGGAGGUACACUGGGGAAGGAGAGAACAUGGACAGGGAAGACAUCAAGAUGAUGGUUAAGAAAUGGUGGGACAUUUAUAAUGAUGAGUCUUUGGACUACAACAACACUGUGGCUACUGCUGGUGGAACUGAAGGCGAUCCGGAAUCAUUCUUGGCUGCGCUGUCGGAGGCUGGUGUUGCUCACUACCUUACCGCCCCAUCUGCUGCCUAAGGCUGUCAAUAGUAGCAAUGGAUUGCGUAGGAAAAUAUGAGGCUCUGUUUAGGUAGUGGGUGAAAUAAUAUUUAGUUUUAGCAAGUCUCCCAUGUAUUAGAAUUGGCGGGUUCUCUACUGGGCAACUCGAAUGCCGUCCAUAAAUAAAGAUAUUAACAAGCCUAUCCAGGCCCAAUCACUUGAUCAAUAUGCUCGAUAUCUCGUAACAAGAAAAUUUUUAAAUAGACCCGAUUCAUUGUAGACUCAUGACCGAGUACAGAGAUUUUUUUUCUUAUCAGAACAUAAUCGGCCCAUAUGUCUACUGAUACUCUACAAUUGAAAUCAAAAUUGAGACAGAGCUUACUGGAAUCAAGAGGUGUUAACUGGACUUCUUUAAGGCCAGUCUACAUCUAUGGGCUCUUAAACUACAACCCAGUUGAAGAGUGCCUCUUUCACCGGCUGAAAAGCAGGUUGCUCAUGCAAAUUACCCAACUCGUCAUGUCAAGGUUAGCAAUUUGUCACCCCAUUGAGCAUUUGGACCAAAAGCAAGUCUAGAAGUGACAUUUAAUCAUGUCAGCAUAAUUAGAAUUAGGAUCCUAUAAAGAGUUGCACGUAAAUUGCUUGAUGAUUUGCUUCAACCAGUUUCAUUGAGUGAUUAUUUUCAGAAGCUAGCUGUACUUGUUUCCGCACAAAUAAUGCCCUCUUUUAAAAGCAUUCAAUGUUUAUGUUUAGCCAUUAAAGCAAAGAAAAACUGUAUAUUUAUUAUCAUAAUAAAUGUGAAGAACAUGCAUGGAAUCUGCCUAGCAUAAAAGCCAUGACAGAUACAGUGUUAAAAAUGGAAAAGCUUUGCAGUGUGAAUGCAGCAGCAUCCAAUGAAGACCAACUUAUUCCACUUAUAAUAUUUUAGCAAACAUCCAAUAGAAUAUGGA